AUGGUGUUCCUGUUUAUCAACACUAAUGAGACAGACGCUCUGCUGGGGUCAGUGUGUCACUCCUGCGACAGGUUGUGUGGCAGUGACAUCGCCUGCAGGGACCUGUACACGCAGGCAGCACAGUUUGGGCGCCAUUUUUGUUGUGCUCGCACGUAUCAACAGGCGGCCGCCAUCUUAAGUCAGAUUUUAUCACAGUCCAGGUACCCAGGGAAAGACGGGUCAAACCAAACCAACACGACCUUGACAUUGGGUAACGUACUGGCACACAAACAUGUUGCUAGGCAACUGGAGACAACGGAAGACGCAGACGACUCAGUUGUUUUAGGAUUUGACCCAAACACAACACAGGAAGGCAGCGAGCACGUCAGCAAGGUCAAGGUCACUACAGAGGGUUUCAUCAUCCAGCACAGCGGCGCCUACUACACCUACAGCAGCCUUCAGUUUAGCUCCAAUACAGCCUGCACAGAGAAUAAUUUAACGACCUGGGGUCACGAGGUACGACGGUUGAGUAUUUCCGGUUCCUACAGUCAAGUCUUGGUCAAGUCUAGACACACUUGCUUCUCUCUCAAGGACAACCAGACGGCUUUCUCUGGCGGUGUUUUCUACCUGCUGGUAGAUGACGUCAUACAGCUACACAUUACACACAAGGACACAGUGAAAUUCCUUCAUACGUCAUCAUACAUGGGCGUGUACAAGUUGUCUACUUGAUUGUGUACAUUGUAUACAUGUUGUCUGUUGAUUGUGUGUACAUGUUUUGUGUUGAUUGUGUACAUGUUGUCUACUUGAUUGUGUACAUGUUGUCUGUUGAUUGUGUACAUGUUGUCUGUUGAUUGUGUACAUGUUGUCUACUUGAUUGUGUACGUGUUGUCUACUUGAUUGUGUACAUGUUGUCUUUUGAUUGCGUACAUGUUGUCUACUUGAUUGUGUACAUGUUGUCUACUUGAUUGUGUACAUGUUGUCUACUUGAUUGUGUACAUGUUGUCUUUUGAUUGCGUACAUGUUUACUUGAUUGUGUACAUGUUGUCUACUUGAUUGUGUACAUGUUGUCUGUUGAUUGUGUACAUGUUGUCUGUUGAUUGUGUACAUGUUGUCUGUUGAUUGUGUACAUGUUGUCUACUUGAUUGUGUACAUGUUGUCUACUUGAUUGUGUACAUGUUGUCUACUUGAUUGUGUACAUGUUGUCUACUUGAUUGUGUACAUGUUGUCUACUUGAUUGUGUACAUGUUGUCUAAUUGAUUGUGUACAUGUUGUCUAAAUGAUUGUGUACAUGUUGUCUGUUGAUUGUGUACAUGUUGUCUACUUCAUUGUGUACACAUCUGUUGACAUCAGGCAGCAUUGAAACGUAUCCAGGACGAACAAAGGGGGAUGUGGAGGGGGGGGGGGUUGAUAUAUGCAAUUAAAUUUUGUUGUAUUACCUUCACAGAGUUUAUAGAAUGUUCUAGAAUGUCGAUCGUUCAUAUUUUAUGGCGAAUAAAUUCAAACAAUUUA